UCUGAAUUGUCAGCUCUCAUAUUCUUUCUUGCUAAUGCUUGUCUCAGUAAACUUGGCUCUGAGUUCUGAAAUGCUUCAAAUAUUCCCUUGUUGCUAAAGAGAAUUUAAGGGAGGAAAGACCCAGGAACAAAGUAGUCAUGAGAAUAUAUGCGUUAUCAUGUUCUGUGACCAGUUAAUGUCUUAUAAGUCAUCCAAUGAGACAAAGAGGCAAAGGUUGAACUUGAGCAGUCCAUUCCAGCCAGCCAAUGUUUUUUGCCUUUGUGAAGCAGUUCAUGCAGGAGACAGCACUGGGAGAAACAGGGAGAGAAGAGGAUUAGCUUAAUUAGAAACAUAUUUCUUCAAUAACUAGCAGCUCACCAUGAAUGCUUCUUACCUGCUCCUCACUUCUCUGCUCUUUCUGCUGCCAUUCAUAGCACAAGUUUCAGCACAACCAGGAUGUUCCGUCUCCAGCAAAGAAGUAAGUGUUGCUGAAAAUAACCCUCCUGGAUACGUUGUGACCACUAUCAAUUUGGAAGUAGGUUUCACUGCAACAAUCGAUCCUUCCUCGCAAGAUGGCAGUUAUUUUACCAUCCAGGGGUCUCAGCUGCAACUGGUCAAAAGUGUGGACUAUGAGAAUGAUCCCGUGCUGAUAGUGACUGUGGCUUGCCAGAACACUGCUGGGCAGAGAGAUACUUUGGACAUUAUUGUGAGCAUUAUCAAUCUGAAUGAUAACAGCCCAGUGUUUAAGCAAACGGAUGUCAACGUAACUGUUCCUGAGGACACAAAAGUGAAUGCAACCAUUGUAGCCCGUGAAGAUUUAAGUGCUAGUGAUGCUGAUCUGGACACCAUCUAUUAUGAACUCGAUUCAACUAUGCAGGACACCACCAAUUAUUUUGCCAUAAAAGGAACCAACAAUCCUGAAAUAUAUUUGCAAAAAGCAUUAGAUUUUGCUAAAAUUAACUCAACAACAUUGAUCUUGUAUGCAAAGGACAGGCCCAUGGGCAGCAGUGAAACCACCCACACAGCUACUGCAACAAUAAACAUAAUUAUUGAGCAAUCUGACACCAAACCACCCUGGUUCCUACCCUGUAGCUUCAUUGACGCGGAUGAAAGCAUUUGCAUCAGCGGCCCCUAUUCUGGGAGAGUCAAUAUGUCCGAGAUGUCGACAGAACCACUCACCCUGGAUCCGGGGCCCAUCUAUGCUAAAGAUCCGGACUACACUAUAAAUGAAAAAAUUGUGUACAGUAUUGUUGGUGGGAAUGCGGAUAAUGUAUUCUCAGUGGAUGCAGACACAGGAAAUCUAACUAUGAACAAAGUAGCAUCUUCCCCAGACUCGUACCAAUUGCAGGUCAUGGCCACCCAAGUCAACAACAAACAGAAAUACUCCGUAGUCAGCGUGGAAAUUAAGGUCAUCAAUAAAAGUGACAGCGCACCAUGCUUUGAGUCCAAUACCUACACAGGAAUAGUAUCUGUUGGUGUGGCCCCAAGAAGCCUUGUUUUCCAAGUUGAGGAUUCUUCAAGUCCCCUGAUGAUAAAAGCAACAGAUAAUGACUUCCCAGAUAAAUUCAACCCAAACAUUGAAUACUACAUAAAAAACAGCACUGAUUUCAUUGCAACCAAAGAUGGACUCAUCCUGACAAAUGUCAAUCUGCUGUCACCACGGACUGUAAUCAUGGAGGCUGUUGCAAAAGAUAUGGUGAGUCUGCAGGCGGCGAGCACCAUCAUCACAGUGGAGAUCAUCUUUUCUGCAGAUAAAACCACCUCUGAUAAGAUAUACACUGCACAGGAUAUGGGUAUCUUAGGUGGUAUCUUAGCAGCACUGUUGCUGAUUACCUUAGUCUUCCUUGGACUGAUGAUAUACAAACAUUAUGGGAAAACGGUCAAAUUCCUGAUAAAUAAAAAGUUCUCCAAGGAUUUCCCUGAGAGCUAUGAGAACCACACUUACAAUCAAGAUGAACACCCAGAUCUGAGUGCCAAAGAGCAGGAGAGCUCAGAAAAUGGUGGUACAACUGAGCUACAGCAGCCAUCAUUUUUCUUGUCCUCUUCUAAAGAAGAAAUUGAUGGCCUCCCAAAGGCUUCCACAGCUUCCACAGUCAUCUUUGACUUGGAAGAGAAAGAGGAAAAUGAAGAGGAAGAGGUGAAAGAAGACACUAAGCAAGAGAAAGAAGUAAAGUCUAUCCUCAAAACAGACAGGAAUGAGGGGGACCAUGGCUACAAAGCUGUGUGGUUUAAGACCGAUGUGGAUCCAGAUGCUGGAGAAAAGGUUGAAGUGAUUAAGGACAAUGCAUCAGAUUAUGAUGAUGGCAGUGAUCAAGAUCUGCAGGAGGAUGAGGAAGAAGAUGACAAGGAUGAUCACCACAGAGGGCCAGGGGCUGCAGAAGUGAUGAUUAACAUGUCUAGCACAGCGACAGAAGACAUUAAUGUGUAAUGAGAAUAAGUCUGUAUGUUCCCCACUGAAAUGUGGGAAUCUCUGCUGCUUUCCUGAGAUGGAGCCCACCUUUCUGCUCGGGGGUAACUGGAAUGCAGGAGGACACAGUUGUCUCUCCUGCAUGCAGAGAUUAAAGCCAGAAGAGAUUACAAUUAAUUUAACCUCUUAACAAGAUCUUGAAACAUCAUGUGGGAUUUUGGAUGGGAAAAACAUGUCCCAUCUCUCCACCCUUCUGCCUGUUUGCCCUGGAGUCCCCUACAUCACAUUUCCCAGACUGGCUGCAGGAAUAGCAGAGAUAUAGCUACACUGACUUUGAAGCAGUUAGCUCAGCUCAUGGUAGCAAUUUAAUUGCUCAAUCCAAUGCUCUCAUCUCCUCUUGGUGGGUAAAUGAGCCAGCACUGACUGCUUGGCUGUUCCCUUUAGGGUGUUGCAGGUUGAUGCCAGCUGCAGGGUGUAAGACAGCACAAGUCACUCUGACCCUGCAGCUGCUCAUAUGACUGCAUUCAGGAGCACACAUCAGGGCUUGGCUCUGCUCUCUGCACCCCAGCACUAGCAGCUAGCAUGACAUCCACGGGGACUGGGAGUGCCAUGACAGGUCCCCCUUUUGCCAGAAAGCGGGCGUUCAAAUGCUCAGGAGCUGCUGUUUCCUCCAUCACUGAUAAGUAAGGACGGAUCACAUGCUCUUUCAUGAGGACUUUGCCAGGCAUUUUUCUGUCAUAAAACAACUAAUUGUGCUGUACCUUGUGGGCCAGAUAAGAGCUUCUGCCAGAACCUGCCUACAAAAUGACAGGUAUUUCCACCUCCCUGGGAUUUUGGCAGCAACAGAUGUCAUUCUGGGGUGCUGGAUGUAGGUCAGCACAUUGCUUCCCAUUGUGUCCUUUGUCCAGCAGGACUCAAGGUGUCCCUUAUAAAAGGGACUUAAUUGCUGCUGAAGGUGGAGGUCAGCAUUUGCUUCCAAGUGCCUGACGUCACUCUGCCCCUCGCUUGUGGAUGCAAACCUCUUUGCAUUCCCAACUUUCUCCAUUCAUAAGAAGCCCAGCAGGCUCUUUUACUGCUGAAGUACAAUCUUCAGGCUUCACUGAGAGCCGAGCUGUGGCCUGAAAAAGGAGGUAGUUUGCUGAGAGCAGUCAUCUCUGCUGUGUGCAGCUUUUGAGCCCAUGUUUGAGCUAGAAAGGCUGCUAAUAUGAUGGACCCCUUCUCCCUCAAUCCUCCCUCAUCUUUCAGCAUUCCUGUCUUCAGCUGUGGUCCUGCCAUCAAUUCAGCAAAGAAAGCACUCCAUUGCCUGGCAGCAUGGGGAGUGGUGCUCUGGUCCAGAAUUCACACUUCCCAUCAGCAAAUUGUUUCUUCCAGCUGGCAAUCAAAAACCAGGAUGUUUUCUACUGACUGAGAAUAAGGCAGUGUGCAUUUGAAUCUUCUGAUCAACACAAAAUUUGUGCUGCUGCUGGAUUUUCCACUUGGGGACUAGCUCAGGGCAGACAUGGGCUGUUGAGCAUUAAACUUUCAGUAAAACAGGGACGAUAAUCCUAGGUCACAAAUCUUUAUCUCACUUGCUCAGGUUAGCACAACAGCACAGAACUUUAACAGUAUAAGUGUCCUUUAAGAGAAGCAACAACAAUAAUUACUCCUGCCUUUGCCCUACAGGGCAAAUCUCCACAUUUCUUCCUUUAAUGGAGAUAAACCCUUGAGAGUGAAACCGAAAUACAUCUGCUGGGAUUCUCAUGUUAACCAAAACACAGGACAAUCACUUCCAAGCAGGCUUUCAUCUUAUUGGUUUAUACUUUGUUUCUGUACAUCUCCACAUCCCAGUGUUGUUAGUGUUCAUCUCUCUUGUCCUCUCUCUGAGGAGAGCUGGCCUCAUUGUGUGUGUGCUUCAGGAGUUGCACUUUUGCUGAAGGUGGAGACUGAGAUAUGGAAAGCUUUCGUCCUUACUGCAAUAAAGCUAUUUGCCCAGAAA